UUUUGUGCAGACUUUUGAUAGUAUUUGGUAUAAAUGUAACUGUUAAUACCACUUCUCUAUCUCAUACCCUGAUCACUUCAUAUAACAAGAUGUGGAAAUGCUUGGUCCUCAUUGUUGUGUUUCUUGUCUUCCUCCAAGUUUCAGAAACUGAAGGAUUGGGGCGGUGGCGUCGUCCUCCAGGUUAUGCCCGUUUCAAAAUUGUUUGCGAACACAAACAACUGCAUUUACAUUGUGGGAGACAUAGACGAAUCCAUGUGGUCUCUGCAAUGUAUGGGCGAACUAAUAGACAUACGUGUGGACAUGGGCGUGUAGGGACUACAAGUUGCAAAGCAAGGCAUGCGUCUUUUAAAGUUAAAAGAAGAUGCAAUGGGAAACGAUCCUGUCGUAUCAGAGCUUCUAACGGUGUAUUUGGAGAUCCAUGCGUCGGAACCUUUAAAUACCUGAAAGUUCGCUAUCAGUGCAAACGUAAUCACCGUGGCUGAGCAAAGGAAGAAAUAAGGUGGUGAUAAACAUACCUUAAAAAAAAUUAAAAAGAGCAUUUCUUUAAUAAUAUUUACCUCUUUUUAAAAUAAAAAAAAGUGAUAGAAAUUU